UUUGUCAUUGAGCUCCACGAGACUUUGUACCAUGAGCUCAGACGCAGCGUUAUUGUUAGAAACGGUUCAAUUUGCCGCAGAGAAACACCGUAACCAGAGACGUAAAGAUCCAGAGGGAACGCCGUAUAUAAAUCACCCCAUAGGAGUAGCGAGAAUCCUCAGCCACGAAGGGGGAGUCACAGACAUCGAAGUUUUGCAGGCUGCUCUGCUUCAUGACACAGUGGAAGACACAGACACAACCCCUGCAGAGCUGGAAGCUAAUUUUGGGGUGACCGUGGCUCGCAUUGUUCAGGAGGUGACAGAUGACAAAAGUCUGCCAAAGAGGGAGAGGAAGCGUCUACAGGUGGAACACGCACCUCACUGCAGCCAACAGGCCAAACUGGUUAAACUAGCUGAUAAACUGUACAACCUGAGGGACCUGAACCGCUGCACUCCUGUUGGUUGGACGGCUGAGCGGGUGCAGGAGUAUUUUGUGUGGGCCUCUGAGGUGGUGAAAGGCCUGAAAGGAGCCAAUUUAGCUCUGGAGAAGAAACUGGAGGAGCUCUUCAAACAGAGAGGAGUCCAGCUCUGACAGCAGGGCCACACACAGUGGAGAGUGGGCUAUUUAAAUUACAAAUAAA